AUGGCCGCGCGAAAUCUCAAGAAAUUUGUGGAAGGACAAGACAAUAUUAUGUCUUUGCCAGACGAGGACGUGGGCGAAUAUUUCCAGCGAACUCGGACCGUUUGGAAGCCUCCUAGCCACGGGGAAGCAAGUCCCGUUCGGGUCACACCUUCGCCCGCAUUCGCCUCGAGGAAACGGGGACUGUCUUCUCCUGGUGGUACAAAGAAGAAGCGACGCAUGUCAACUGACCAGUUGCCGAAUGAGGAGAUAACGAAACUGACAUUGUCCCCGAUCCCUCCUGGCUCGAAGCCUGUACAGACUGCAGCACCCAAAAAUGGUGCUCUGAUGGCCCAACCGGCGAAGCUGCAGCCCAUCAGGACCACAGCGCAAUCUGGCGCCAAGCAACCCCAGCUCAAGGCUACGAAACCCUCGCCUGAAGAAGGCAAGAAAGCUAGUCCCAUUGUGGUCCAGAACGAGGUCUGCAGCUCGCCUAUCGAGGAUCCUAGUGUUGUUUUAUCCGCUGCAAAAGAGAGGCCCCGCAAUCGGGCGAUUCCCUCGGAAUCAAGUAGCUUGCUUUUGGAAGUACGGGAACGCGUGGCUGCGCAUCGUGCUUCGAAGAGCCGAAUGAAGACUGUGCCCCUUGACAGACAGGACACCGCCCCUGUGAUCCACGCUGAACGCUCCAUUGACGGAAGCUCCGUCAUCUAUGUGUCAUCUUCAGAGUCCUCCCGAGCAAGCUCGCCUGCUCCCGAUAUCACCAUGAAGUCACAGGUGAAAGGCAAGGUUGCCAAUUCCGUCUCUGGGAAGAAGACGCCGAAGGUUACAACCUCCAAAGGAAAGAACAAGAAGGACCAACCGAAGAUGAGACCGCCAGAAUAUGCCCAGUACAUCCAAACUGAGGCUGCAGCAGGCAAUUUGCCCAAACGGCCGCUGACUGGAUUCAAGUUUCUAGAUGGCUACCAAAUAUUUUACACUGGCGGAGACAUGCGCAACGCCUCGGAGACCACGAGGGCCCGGAUGGAGCUAAUCGUCCGUUAUGGCGGGACCCUCAUUCCAACUUACGACCCGAACGUGGUCACCCAUAUCGUUACUGACGCCCCAGAGACCACAACUGUGAACGCCCUUGGACUGAAGAGACUGAGGGAUAUCCCUGAUCGCAUCCCCACAGUCAAGUGGAGCUGGGUAACUUGGGGCAUCGGGAAGGCUGCAUCUUGCACUAAAGACGAGCUCUACGAGAAGUUACGAGAUCACCUCUGGCAGCAUGCAGCUUUUUCUGACCGCCUUGAAGCGGGAAUGAAAGCCACGAAAUCUUUCAUUCGGGCGAAGUCCAAGGGGAAAGGCAAGGAGAAAGCCAGGUUGGUCGAAGAAGGCUCAAGUCCGGUCUCCGACUCAACUCAGGAACCAGUGGCUGCCGACGAAUAUGAAAGCCAAGUAUCUGCCAACGAUGUUCUUUCGGUAGCUAUACCUACUGAGGCCAGGCCUGGGGGACUGCCUUCGCCUCCCGCAUCGCAGCAACUCGGGCCAGCCUUCAGCGAGGCGUCAUCCUCCAGGGCGAAACUCGCCCAUGACCCACUGGCCGAAUUCUACGACCAGGCAAAAGCAGAGCAGAUGAAAGAGAAACAACGAGUUGUAUCUGAGGCCGAAAGUGAUGAAGAAGAUGUGAUCCCUGAGAUCCAACCUAGGAAAAGGGGCUGGACUUGUGACAAUCCAGAAGCCCAAAUUACGGACUGCCCAAACCAGGACGUCAUUGAUAAGGGACGCCCUCAUACCCAAUACUCUUUCGCCUGCAAGCUUACCCCUUCCAUUCAGCUAACAGAGCUAAUGAAGUUGCAUGAAGCCAAGCCCUCGGAAGAUGAUCGCUGGAGAGUGUUUGCAUAUAGCAAAGAAUACGCUCCUUGGAAGAAGCAAGUAAAAUUCGCGAUUGUCGAGAUCCUCGAGACUGGCAAACUGCGGCGGAUCGAAUACGAGCGGACUGGAGACGUCGUGGCGGCAGCCCUCUUCCAAGGCAUCUAUGGCGUCGGUCGCUCCACUGCAUACAAGUGGUAUAACGCGGGGUGUCGCACCCUCGACGAUAUCAGGCAAGGAAAGGGCGGGGUUAAGCUCUCUGCUGUGCAAGAAAUUGGCCUCAAGUACUAUGAUGACAUUAAUUCCAGGAUGCCUCGAGAGGAAGCGAAGGCCAUUUACGAUAUCAUCAAGCCCAUAGGAGUUCUUGGUCGGUUGAUACAAGAGCUGCACGCUGUAGGCGUUCUCACCGAAGACCUGGCACUCCCCGAAGAAAUUGAUGACCUUGAGGGCGUUUAUCGAGGACUUUGCCGGCUGCCGAACGUCCCAAACUCGAAGCGGCGCAGAAUAGACUUCCUCACUGUACCUUAUCACUCGAGAGGCGCUGCCCUGAUCUAUUACACAUUCAACAGGGCGAUGCGUCUGAAGGCAAAUGUAAUGGGCUACUCGCUCAACCAGAGAGGCCUGUUUGGCAAUGUGGUGCGAGAUCCGAGAGACCGUCGCGUCAAACUUAAUAGAGUUCGCACCCAGACGAUGACUACCAAUGUCAUCAUUCGCCUUGCCCUCUUAUACUCACAGGUAUCCGGGACGACCAAAGUAACAAUUCAAAUCGACUCCCUCGCUCGCUUCGAAACCCGCCCCCGAGGCCGCGAUCACCCAACCCACAGGCGCCGACCGCCCAACACAGACCACAUCCCAAUUUUCCUCUUCGCCCCUUGUUCGACGACGACCCUCCAGUUGCGACAAGAGGCGCCCCGACUCUACACGCCGACUCCACCAGCAACGAGGACGAUCCAGACGAUGCACUAUAACAAGAUCUUGACGGUUCUGUUCACCACCCUUUUCGCGUUUGCGUGUCACGGAGUGAAUGCGAAUUCCCAUCAUGGAGAUGCAACUUGGUAUACUCCCGGUCUGGGUAGUUGUGGAGAAGAGAACACGGAAUCCCAAUAUGUCGUCGCUUUGUCUCUCGAGGAGAACAGUGGACAUCAUCGGUGUCACCAGCAUAUCACUAUCCACUACCACGGCCGAUCCGUACGAGCCCUCGUCGUCGACUCGUGCCCAGGAUGCAGCCGAUACAGCCUCGACCUGUCUCCAGCAGCAUUCGAAGCACUGGCACCCCUAGGCGUUGGACGUAUCAAAGUCAACUGGAAUUAUAGUUCAUGA